AAUAAUAAUAAUAAUAAUAAUUUUCUUUUAUUUACGUCUCACAAAACUAUGGUAGGUUCGCUUGUUUUGAUGACCAAAUUUUUCGACCAAUCGGUUGUAGAUGGCAUGGAACCUGACACAUGUAUACUUUAUUCCGAAGAAGAUGAAGCACAUAAUGCGAAAAUUUAUGUAGAGAAUUUACUGAGCAAGGGCAAACAUGAAUAAAUUUUAUGAAUCAGAUUGUUGAUGAGAGAAUAAAGUUCAUUUACUCUGAAAUAGUUAAUGAAUCUGAUAAUUGGUUUAAUUAAAAACAUAGAAUCUGAGAAAGAAGAUUAGAAACAUUCGUUAAUUCAGUUAAUUUUCAACUAUUUGCAGUUUUCCAUGAGAUCAAUAUCGACUUGUGAGAAAUGCAUUUGUUGUCUAAUACUACACUGAAGGGAAUUUGUUUAUGUCACUAAAUAUUAGCUACUUACUGUGUAUGACUCAAACAAUCCAUCUUUCCAUCUCAUAAAACUUCCACUACUCCUACCGUUUACAUAACAACACUAGCCCUGGUAUAAUGUGUCGACGCGACUCGAGAAGAGAAUGAAACCCAUCCCAUUGUAUGCCAAAUCAAUUGUGAUCCUUAACAUUAUGGUUACACUAACACUAGGGAAUUCAUUUCAUAUAUGAUUUAUACUACCUACCUGACUUACAUGAGGUUAUCACAUAAAAAAAACUCACCAGGGGAUAAGCUGUUUACCUCCUCUAUCUUAUGAUCGUGGAAACAUCCUUGGGUGGAUGUGUUGCUCGUUGACAUGUAUUGGCGUUUGAGACCGGUUCCAAUGUUAUUGACAGACGUCUAGUACCUUUGCACAUGUAUCUCACGGGAAACACUGAUAAUUACUUGAUAAACAGGAGUAGCUCCAGAUUUGUGGGUUAUUAAUGCUUUAGCCUUCGUGUAUUCUCUUAAUCCUUCUGUGACCACGUGGUGAUGUCUUUGUAACACAGUUUUUUCGUUACCCUCUGGUGGUUAUUAGUUCUGACUCGGAUGCAAAUGUUAUUAGAUGAAUGGUCUGCUAAUUUUAGUGUCUCUAUCGGAUCUAACCCCAGUAAACUGAGGGAUGGAUUCUUUGUAGUGUAUAUUGUUGCAUUCGUAGUUGCAUUACCUUUAGAAACAGUCCAGGAUACUUCAACAAUAUUUAACUUUCCACCGGAAGCACUGUGUGCUAGUAUCGUCGUUGGACGAACUGAGAGUCUUCCAAGUUUCUGGGGUGGUAUGAGUAAUGUCAGAUGCUGUAUCAAGUUGAAGAAAGAUACAGUGUUUAUUAACGUCCACAGUUAUAUAUUUUCUUUGGCGGUAAAUACCUGCUCGGUUAUGAACUAUCAAUAUUUAGUUAUCACACGAGGUCUGUAUUUCUUGGAAUAGGGUUUCCAUGGAUGAUCUCGAUAGGUUCUUUUUCUGCAGCUGGUCUCUUUAUGGCAUUUACUGUGACAUUUAUAUGGACGGAACUUCUUGUAAUGCCAACUUCCACAUGGCCAACAUGGAGAUGAAGGCUGGUUGUCUAUGUGGGAUGGUUUUUGUGAGCUCGAAUCUUUUCGCAUAUAGCGUGAACGUAUCGCGACCAGCUAUUGUUUUCAACCAUGGAGGUAUUAUGUUUCAAGUUUACCAGUCUCCGCUAUUCUGUGGUUACUUUUUGUAGCGUUAUGUUUGGAUAUCGUUCAAUUUUACUUAAAAUUCUGGUUCUGAUAUCAGCAUCUUCAGGAGAUUGGAGACUGCACACAGAUAUAAGACUGUCAAACUGACCUUCUAUCAUUGCCGAUUGUUUAAGCCGCUUGCAAUCGCGAUUUACUAAACCUGAAUGUUUCACCCAGUCAUCAUCACCAGCCUCUGUUAUCUUGAGGCACUCAUAAUAGAUAAUUAAAUAAAGAUUAUUGUUCAUCAAAGAUUUGUGACAGGAUAUCAAUUGUUGCAUCAAAAGAAAAGUCUUCUGGGUACUUUGAAAGAAUGAAAUUACUGUGACCUUCGUGUUCAAGUUUAUUGGGGUGGAUCUUGAAAAAUCUUCAUAUUUCUUGAAUCAGGUUUCAUGAAUAGAAUUGUUGAUGAAAUCGGUAUGCGGGUUACAUGGGUAUUCAGUAAGUCCUCUGUGAUUAAGGUUCAUUUAUUGCGUUAGGAUUCCCGGGAUACAAACUUGGGACUGUUCAUGCCGUUUUUCCCGACGUUCAGGCAAAGAUUCUACUUGUUCAAGAGUUACUGGCACUGCAAUUGGUAUACCUCGUCGCCAGUUUGCUACUUGAUUACGACAGAAUACAGUAUACAACUAUCGUAAGUAGAACGUGUAAAACCCUUAUAGUCGUAAAUCAAAAGAUCGAAGUAAAGCAGCAAAAAUGGGUAUUGCGUAAAAAUCACAAAUGUAUAAAAAACAUGAAUGUUUAUACUUAUUGAUAUUGGCUAUAGACACCAUCAUAAUUCUGCCAAUCUCCAAGGAGGCAAUUUAUGCGACUGUCUAAUCGUCACAUGUCACGUUAGUAAUGUAGAAUACUCUACAAGUUCCAAUUGUACGAAAUCUCUUCGAAUCCUUUAGAGCCUCCGGACGCUUUGUCUUGCGUUUCAAAUCCAUCCCAACAAAAGAACCUUGCAAAAAAACGCUGACCGGAAAACCUAUGGACACUUAGACUUUCUGUUCUGCUUUAGGUUUUUAUUUCAAGAAAGCUUCUUCAAAAGGGUAGACUGCACUUUCAAUUUUUGUUGCACAUCUUUCUUCUACUCAGAUGUGAUUCAUUUAUCAAGCUAAAACUCCGACUCUUCGACUGUGUAAAUAUUGUAAAAUCAUUGCUUAAGUUUUCAUGUUUUUGAUUAUUCGUCUUUUUAGUUUGUUUUGCGAUCGAACGCUGGUCAGUCUAUUCAAACACGACUCAGAACCUGACACAUGUAAUCACAAUUGAUUGAUCAC